AUGAAUGUUGAUUUUCCUAUUUCCUAUUGCUAUUCCUUCCUAUGUGCUUUAUUUAUUCAAUUCAAGUCUGAUUAUUUCAUAAUGGCAUCAUUAAUAAGUCGUGGUUUAGCUCAGCUGAAAAGCAAGGAAAUGCGUGAUUAUUUAAUGAGGCGAGAAAAACACUUUUGGGGACCAGUUGCCAAUUGGGGUCUGCCAUUAGCAGCUAUCGCCGAUUUGAAAAAAGAUCCGGAAAUCAUUAGUCCGAAGAUGACCGUUGCCUUAUGUUUUUAUUCAAUGCUAUUCAUGCGUUUUGCUCUUCAAGUUAAACCAAAGAAUCGACUUUUGUUUGCUUGUCAUUUCGCUAACGAAUGCGCGCAAUUAAUGCAAUUAGCCAGAUUUAUUAACUAUAAGUAUGGCACACCGCAACCUAUGAAGCAAUACCAAGUUCCGCCAUCUGCUACCAAACCGCCCGUUCCUCCAGUCCGUACAGUAUAA